UAAAAAAAAUCAGAGUCAUGCAAUCGGCUGAAGAAUGUGGGACCCCCAGAAAUGAUUUGGGCUGCCCCAUGGGCUUCCUUGUGUUGCCAGAUUAGCUGGCGCUGGGUUGCUCUUCAUGGUCCUUGUCCUCAUGGCCACCCUUUCCAAAGGCAGUUCUAGGCCCACCUGGGGGUCUACGAAGGGGGGGUAAUGUGUAGCGUUGAACAAAAGAGGGCCCUCCUCCUGCUCACCCUUCUCCUCUUCAACAGACAGGUCUGGGGCUCGGACAUGAGCUCCCAAGAGACCCCACAAGCUCGGAGAUUUCCAAUAGAGGCAGGAGAUUCUCCCAGCCUGGCAACGGCCCCCGAAACCCAGGAGCCCGUUGCCCCCGAGCGCGCUGCAACAAGACAGCUGCGAAGAUGUCCAGGGUGCCACUGCCUGACCUUGCCCAACGUCCCCAUUGAUGUCUACAUUGCCAUGGGUGGGAGCCACAGGCCACGAACUACCUGAAGACUCCCCCAGGUCGGCUCAAGUGCUGAGGCCACAGCAGCUGUCCCAGGGAACACGCUGACAGCCAGACAACAGUGAAGCAAGCCACACAGAACAGUGACGCACAUUUUAA